AUGGCAGAUGCAGUAGUUGGAAACGGCUUUACUAACACUUCCGAGAAAUUCAUCGACAACAUAGAUCCAGAUGAUCCGGAAUAUAAGCGACAACUUAUGAGGCCGGCUGAAAUCAAGGAGGAUCUAAAUCUGAUGUCGCAGCGCCGUCGCGUAUCCCUAAUACUGAAUUCGGAGUCGUUUCGGAAAGAGCUAGAGGAAAUUAUAGAGAACUACACACGAUCUCAAGAAUCAGCUAUAUUGAAUUCAAGUCUUCUCUCCCUGCAACAUUUGGCUGACCUUUUUUCUACAAUUCCUGGAAAGCGUCCACUGACUGGAGGUGGUUUCACUAAGAGUCACCAAAAUGGAAUCAUCCCCAUCAACGAUUUGCGUGGCGUUGAUACAGGACUAUAUUCCCGCAGAGAACGUGUGUACCGUUGCAAACUGGCUUCAGUGUAUCGGCUGAUUGAGCUGUUUGGUUGGAACACCAGCAUUUAUAAUCAUGCCACUGUUCGAAUAAGCCGAAAUGAGGAGCAUUUUCUCAUAAACCCUUUUGGACUACUCUAUCACGAAGUGACUGCCUCAUCUCUGAUCAAGCUAAACAGUCACGGUGUCGUACUUGAUCCUGGAUCAACUGUUCUUGGCGUUGAACAGGCCGGAUGGCUAUUUCAUUCCGCUGUUCAUUCGACUCGUCCUGACAUCCGUUGCAUCAUUCACUUGGGUACACCCGCAACGGUUGCUGUAUCGUGCAUGAAGGCGGGUCUGCUGCCGUUAUCACAAGAGGCCAUCAUCCUGGGUGAGGUGGUCUACUACACUCCAAAGCACCCACUACCCGACGAUUCGACCAGGGAGAACGUAGCGGAGGGGGGCGCCGGUGGCCGGACCGCGCCCUCCUCACUUGUCGCCGCCGACCUAAGCUCUGAGAGAGCUGCACUGAGCAAGGUGAUCGCGCAGGACACUCACAUUCUCUUCGUUCGCUAUCGUGGCCUUCUCGCUCUCGGCGAAACCAUCGAAGAGGCCUGGCAUUACGCCACCAACGCCGUAGUCGCUUGCGAAACACAGCUGCGACUGGCCUCCUUGGGUGUGGAUCACUUGGUGCUUCCAAACCAACAGGUCCAGAAGAGGACAUACGAGGCGUGGCGCACCACAGAGUUGGGCGGCGUGUCAGGUCCGGAGGCGGCGAUGGCUAUCCGCCUGGCGCAUGCGCGCACCCUCUCACUUUCUCGCCACAACGCCAGUGCUAACGGUACCGACGCCGGCUACCUCUCCGACUCCUCUUUGGCCGCACACACCGCCUCCGCGCGGCCCUGGCGUCUCGGUGAGCUGGAGUUCGAGGCUCUCAUGCGUCACCUCGAUAACGCCGGCUACAGGACCGGCCAUCUCUACCGACAGGAUGCUGCGGUUAGCCCUCGACCGUCUCGAAGAACAUUGGAUAGAUUAGGCGCCAUUACAGGAAGCAGGCGGUUUGAGGACGUCGAAGUGCCACCCUUCUCCUCCUCAGCGGCCACCGCCAUAGCUCAGUACUACGACGAUGUCGGUGCCUUUUCAGGCGACGAAUCUGAGACUGCUAGACCGGGAACACUUCGACGUCAAUGGUCGGACCAACGAUGGCUUAACACACCAAACAACUACACAAAGGAGGUGUCCACUCUACCAGGUCGUCAACCCGUGGCCCACUGGGUGUCCAGUCGAGAGGCGUCGCUACAUGUGGAGAUUUCCAGCGGCAGAUUGCCUCCUCCUACACCAUUCCAUCCCCUCACACCAGCUGCCGUUCCUUUGGGGACCACAGGUGCCCAAAGCAACACUCCCUCCAGCGGUAUGAACUUCAGCCGUUUCGCACCGCAGGGCGACGAUCCCAGGGAACUCAUGGAACACCAGAAAAAGGUUCGGGAGAAGUACUACAGGGACACGAACACUGCGGGACCGCAGUCACGUCUGCUGGAGGGCCUGACGUGGGACGAGGCGUGCCGCAUUCGCGACGAAGCUCUAGUGAAGGCUCUCGGUCCUGGCGCCGUCUCCGCCUCCCUUCCAGACUCGCAUUCCACCGUCGCUGCUGCCAGCAAGGCCAUUCUUCAUCGCGACGUCCGUGACGGUGCUGUUGUUUACGAGGGUGUCUACACGAAACAGAAUCCUUUCGGUCAAGUGACAGACGAGGAGUUGGAGGCCUAUAAGCAAGAGAUUCAGAUGAAAAACAACCCAACACUUUACGCUGAGUGGCUGCGGCAGCAGGAGGUUGAACAAGCAAAGAGUCCUCUUGACCCCACAGGUAGUGCACGCCUUCGCUCGCCCUCGCUAUUUGCAAUUCAGUUGGCCCUUCCCAGGGACUCAGGGCUCUCCCACCUAGUUAAUAGACACUUUUAUCUUGCUCAAUCUCCUGCGGUUCCCAUUUGCGCGAGCUCUGCGAUUUUCAGCGACUCCGAAUUGCAUGAAACCACCUAUGUCACUGGGUCUCAUCUUUCGCCACCCUCACCUGUGGGACUGGCGACCUCGGAAAUGAGUGAAAUUGAGGACUCGAAUGCAAGCGAAAAGAAGCCAAAGAAGAAGCGUCGUUUUAAGCUACCCACACUUGCUCGUAAAACGAGAACCAAGGAGAAGAAGGUGCAACAGGAGUCGCAGGCUCAGAGUUCUAGUUCUGGCGCCGUCGAGGGUCCCUUGGCGAGUGAGAAAGACGGUGAAUCAAGUCAGAAGUGA